CCGCACACAGUUCGCUGGAAGUUAUCGUCGUGUGUGGAGGUACGUUUAGUUGCUUUUUUUGCUCGAUUUCGUGCGCCUUUUUUUCCUCCUGAUUCCAAUUUCAUUUCCGCGAACGAAGAAGGUGAAGCAAGAUCGCGAAAGCAUUUUUUGUUACUCUACAUAGCGAGUUUUGCCAACGUGGUUUUGGAAGAAUGAUGUUUGCGAAUCGCGUGCCUGGAACUCAACAGUGAACACGAAAUCGAUGUGGGCGUUAUUGGAGGACAUAACGCACUCAAGAAAGAUCAGCGGGAGCAUGCUGGAGAAAUGAAAGCUUUCGCACAGAACAGGCAAUAAUCUCGGAACGAUAAAAAGAAGCGAAAACGGUGAGAAAAGGCUCUUUUUGUGCUGUUGCGCUAGCAGAUAGAGUUGUGUUGGUGCGAGAGCAACACAACUCCUGGACUAGUUCGGAGCCGCUGAGUGCGCAACGGAGUGGAUACGUGUGUGUGAGUGCGUUCGUUCUACCAUUUGCCAUUAGCCACAUUUUUCUUCAUUCUUUCGGCACAUACCGCACAAAGAAGUAACGACAAAAAAAAGACUGAUUUUGCAGAAAUUUCGCUAGAUUGUGUUCAGAGUGGAAUAGUUUAAGAUUUCUGUGGUGACUAGUACAAGAGCUCGAGCCCGGUCCAUGAUUGCUGCAAUUUGAGUUAUCCGGCCAGUGAAGUACUUGGUGGUACACGACUGCAUCGGUGUGUACCGUGCCUCGUUCGGAGAAUUCGGGCCGACCUACUAGGGCAUGGCAACACUGUUCCCGGUAACGUUUCAAAACGAUUGUUUGAAUCGAUACGGAAAACGACCGGUGUUCCUCACAUUUCCUAGUGUUAUCCAUCUGCUGGCUGCUGGAAAAAACGGAUCUGUUUUUGGAUUCCACCACCGAUAGCGCGGACGAACAUAUCACAAAGGCAACGUUGAGACGUGCUCAUAACUCUUUGGCAAGUUUGGCAAGGUGCCAAAAUUAUUAAUAUCACACUAUCCACCAGAGCCAAUUUCUCGUAGAUAUUGUCCCAGUCGAAUUGUGCACGUUUGGAAUUGCAGCUAAAACCGAAAGAAACACAACCAGAAAGGGUUUCCCUACCGUGUUACCAUUUCCGCCAGGCACACUUCAGUGUUUGGGUGAUAUACAUGUGUGUGGUCACACGACCGCCGCCGCUGUUGCCACUGAACGCCAACCAAGGGCCAAAAAAAGUUCUACAACUACCAGCAUCGACAGUGAUCCGGUUUUUUGUGCGGUAGCGAAUAAUUUGGAUCGAAAUCAAAAUCCAAUCUGGGACAGUACCGGCGGAUUGUUGCAGCUUUCUGACUAAGGGGGAAAAACCUAACAGAGCCAGCCAUGACAUCGUCACAACCGAACAGAGAAUUUGUUGAAGGAUGGACGCUGGCACAGACUCUCGGAGAAGGAGCUUACGGGGAAGUAAAACUGCUAAUCAACCGCCAGUCGGGUGAGGCCGUCGCGAUGAAGAUGGUCGAUCUGAAAAAACAUCCAGAUGCUGAGAGUUCCGUCAAAAAGGAGGUUUGCAUCCAGAAGAUCCUGCAGCAUACCAACAUACUGAAGUUCUUCGGUAAACGGACGCAGUGCGAUAUCGAAUACAUUUUCCUGGAAUAUGCUGCCGGAGGAGAACUUUUCGACCGAAUCGAACCGGACGUCGGGAUGCCCAUCCCGGAGGCACAACGUUACUUCAAUCAGCUGCUAUCGGGGGUGGACUAUCUGCACAUGCGCGGGGUAGCCCAUCGUGAUCUCAAGCCGGAAAACCUGCUACUAGACGAGCAUGAUGUCGUAAAAAUAUCAGACUUCGGAAUGGCGACCAUGUUUAGAAUGAAAGGACGCGAGCGUUUGCUGGACAAGAAGUGCGGCACGCUGCCGUAUGUUGCACCGGAAGUGCUAGUGAAACCGUAUCAAGCGACGCCCGCGGACAUUUGGUCCUGUGGAAUUAUCUUGGUCACAAUGCUAGCCGGGGAACUGCCUUGGGAUCAACCGUCGUCUGCCUGCCAAGAGUAUCUCUGCUGGAAGGAGAACAACUAUACCACCGGAACGCCAUGGAGCAAGCUGGACACACUAACGCUUUCAUUGUUGCGGAAAAUUUUGGUACCGAAUCCAUCCCAGCGACUGACGCUGGAUAAGAUCCAGGAGCACAAGUGGUGUCAGACUCAGUUCAACCAUAACAAUGGUCUAUCCAACGAGGGCGGAAACAGAUGCGAUGUUGUGGACGGAGUUGUUUCGCCUCGUGCCAAGCGGUUGUGUUCAAACCAGGAUCUCUCCACGCCACUGGAUGAUUCAACUUCACGGAUGUGUCAAUCUCAGCCGGUUCCCACUAUUACCCACACCGAGGUGAACGGCGUGGAGGAAGCCAUCGAAGCACGCAAUGGAUUCUGUUUCUCGCAGCCCACUAUGCUUGACGAUCUUAUUCUGUGUACCCAACUGAAUCCAACGCAAUCGCUGGGAGCGACUCAAUCCAACCAGUUCCAGCGAUUGGUACGUCGCAUGACCCGAUUCUUCGUGUCCACUAAGUGCGAUGAGACGCUGAAGCGCCUGUCUUCGACGCUAGAGAAACUCGGCUUUAGUUGGAAGUCAAACGACGAAGGUGUUAUCACAAUCUCUACCAUCGAUCGGCGAAAGUUGCAGCUCAUAUUCAAGGCCAAUAUUGUCGAGAUGGAUGGAAAAAUACUCUGUGAUUUCCGGUUGUCCAAAGGAUGUGGGCUCGAGUUCAAACGACGCUUCGUUCGGAUCAAGCAGAGUCUGGCGGAUAUUGUACUGAAGGGCCCUGUAACGUGGCCGAUUGCCAUCGCAACCAAUUCGGUGCCUUAGAGGAACUGAACUACGAACUGCCAAAUAUUUUGGACGCAUUUUUCUAGAGUCUCUACACGGAUAUGAAAUAUAAUUUUGUACGCUGGACGGAACUGUAAGUUAUGGAUUGGGUUUCUGACCCUGAGACGACGUAUACGUUUAUCAGUAUGUAAAAAAGGUAAUGAAUUCAGGGAUUUGGUUUAGUUUCGUUUUUUGCAAUGGAAACUGCGAUCGUUGACAAAAAAAAGGCUUAGCGUUUGAGAUAUCAGCGAAAAUAAAUGUUUUGUAACAAAA